CGACUUUCUCACCGAGGCUCUCCAUCACACGCACGCACACACACACACACACACACACACACACACACACACACACACACAAAAUGGGAGGGAUACAGGAGUAUAGGUAAGGCGACAGUGGCAGGCAGACAGAUGUGUGAUGCUCAGACUCAACAAUGGGACCGUCUCCCCUCGCCUGUGUGAAGGUAAACUUUUACCCACCAUCGCAUCUUUUCGCCGUGACCGUGCGGAGGUGACGCCAACUCGCUGCUUGCACACCUGCCCGUCUGUUUUUCUUUUUUUUUCUUCAAUGUUAAUUGCGGCCAGUCUACCAGGAGCGAUGCAGCAGAAACAGGGGCUGAAGUGGCAAUAGAUCCUGUUGAAUUGAGACAAGACGUCGAGACGCAGUCCAAAAGUGUCCUCCUCGGAGUGCGUCAGAGCACAGAUGUGUAUAGUGGAGGAUAUGGUCGCCGGCUGGAUAUGACGAGAGAUAUGUGAUAUUACCCCCCCUAAAUCAAGACGGGAAUUUAGGCAGAAUCGAAGACCUGCAUCCUCACCUAGCCUACCUUCCCCUCCUCCAUCAGAUUUGUUUGUAGGGGGGCUGAGGCGAUGUUGUUUGGCCCCUUUUCACAUCUCCAGAGAGAGUCCUUCAGUCCUUCACCGGAUCUCUAUAAUGUAACAGCAAAGCUCCAGUUCGUGUCAUUUUGUUUAAUCUUUUCACAUAAAAUGGCAACCAGGAGUGACCACGGAGGAUCAAAAGACGCAUUCGGGCGCAAGCAGCGCUCGUGGAGACAUUAGCCACCUGAUGGGCGCCGGAGAAAUCGAGCAGAGACUGUUUUGGUUAUAGCUUGUUGACUUGCUGAUUUAAAAUGCUGAAGAAAUAAAGGGCGCUGCAAGUUUAACACAGAGCGCCUGCGUAACAGGCUAUGGCACCGGCCCUCACGUUUUUUGGUUAUGGUAGGUAACGAUGUCAUAACACACCGGAGGCCUGUGUCUCAACGGGAAGACGGGCUGAUCUCCUGCCAUGUAAGUAGCCACAUGUACUGCUCUCAACAUGGGACUUAUUGAGGUGUGUUCGUUAUUCCAACAUUCUCAUAUGCACAACUGAUUGGCCGAACCGGUUGAUGCAUAAUUUUCUCUCUGCGCGCGCCGAGCUGCAACUUUGAUCCCCUGGCCUGCAUCCACGUCGCCCUGAGGCGGUUACUGUAGCGCUCACCGGACCGAACCGCUCAUUGACUUAAAAUGGAGUUUGCCAUGGUGGGUGCGGACGGCGGGUGCAAUAGUCACCUGCCUUACGGAUAUGCCCAAGCUCGCGCACGGGAAAAGGAGCGCGAGAGGGAGCGCCAGGCUGUCCAUUCGAGAGCCGCGGCUGCUGCGGCCGCAGCUGAAGGUGGGUCAGGUGAGGAGGGAGGAGUGGGGGGGUCCACCUCCACCUCGAGCGCUCCUCUCCUUAACAACCGCCAGCAUCAGUCUCGCGCCGCCUACUCCACGAACGCCAACACCGGCAGCGACGGGACCGCCUCGCGCCCCUCCUCCUCCUCCUCCUCCUCAACCUCCUCCUCCUCCUCCUCCUCCUCACAGCCGCCACAGCAGCAGCAGGAGCCCGAGCAGCAACAGCGAGUUCUCAGAGAGCGGAAAAAGCAGCGCGGCGUCGGACGGUGGAGACGCAGCCGGACGACUCUCGGCGGGGACCUGCGCCACUCGGAGCUGGCGCUGCUUGGAUCCGAGGAAGACAUCAUGAUAGAGGAGGAGGAGGAGGCCGAGGGAGCCGAGGAAGAGGAGGAGGAUGCGGAGGAGGAGAAGGGGGGCCGGGGUAGCAAGAGGUCGAGUUUUCUGUGCAACAUGGGUGAUGAGGAGGAGACCGUGUCGCUCACUGACAGAAGACCUCAGUCCGGAUACGAAAGUGUUUACAACGAGUGCGGCUGCUGCGAGAGAGUUGUCAUCAACGUGUCGGGUCUGAAGUUUGAAACUCAGCUCAAGACUCUCACUCAGUUCCCGGACACUCUCCUGGGAGACCCCGACAAGCGAAUCAGGUACUUCGACCCGCUAAGGAACGAAUACUUCUUCGACCGGAACCGACCGAGUUUUGACGCCAUUCUUUACUAUUACCAGUCAGGGGGGCGGUUGAAAAGACCAGUCAACGUCCCGUUUGACAUCUUCUCCGAGGAGGUUAAGUUUUAUGAACUCGGGGACGAGGCGAUACUUAAGUUUCGGGAGGAUGAGGGUUUUGUCAAAGAGGAGGAAAAGCCUCUGCCGGAGGACGAGUUCAAGCGCCAGAUUUGGCUGCUUUUUGAGUAUCCGGAGAGCUCGAGCCCUGCCAGGGGCAUAGCGGUCGUGUCCGUCCUGGUUAUAGUUAUUUCUAUUGUCAUUUUUUGCCUGGAGACGCUGCCGGAGUUUAGGGACGAAAAAGAAUAUCUACAGCCACGACACAACUCCACUCAACCUGACCACGGAUUUACUCCUUUCAACGACCCGUUUUUCCUUGUGGAAACGGUUUGCAUCAUCUGGUUCUCCUUUGAGAUUAUAGUCCGCUUUUUUGCGAGUCCGAGCAAACCGGAUUUCUUUAAAAACAUUAUGAACUCAAUAGACAUUGUAUCCAUUUUGCCUUAUUUCAUAACCCUCGGCACGGACCUGGCGCAGCACCAAGGCAACGGGCAGCAAGCGAUGAGCUUUGCCAUCCUGAGAAUAAUCCGCCUUGUCCGGGUGUUUCGCAUAUUCAAACUGUCCAGACACUCCAAGGGGCUGCAGAUCCUGGGCCAUACCCUGCGCGCCAGCAUGAGGGAGCUGGCCCUCCUCAUUUUCUUCCUGGUUAUAGGUGUCAUCCUGUUCUCCAGCGCGGUGUACUUCGCCGAGGCGGACGAGCCCACCUCUCAGUUCACGAGCAUCCCCGACGCUUUCUGGUGGGCGGUGGUGACCAUGACAACGGUGGGCUACGGCGACAUGAAGCCCAUCACUGUCGGUGGGAAGAUAGUGGGCUCCCUCUGCGCGAUCGCGGGCGUGUUAACCAUCGCGCUCCCGGUACCGGUCAUAGUGUCCAACUUCAACUACUUUUACCACAGGGAGACGGACAACCAGGACGAGCAGGCGCCGGUGGUGGAGAGCAUGCCCCCGGGCUGCCCCUAUUUCCCGGACUUUUUAAGGAAAUUCAAAGGCUCGCCCUCUGGCUCAUCACUGGGGGACAAAGCGGAGUAUAUGGAGAUGGAGGAAGGCUUGACGGAGUCGCUUUGUGGUCUGGACAAGAGCCCCAGUAAAGGAAACGGCACAGACAUAGGGAGGAAAAACAGCACUAACUCCAAAUCCGUUCAGACUGACGUGUGAUUUCAAGUAGGCCUAUAGAGUUCAGUUUUUCCCUGUUUUUUUUUCUAAAGAAGAAUAGACCCUAGAGAUACUGUACAAGAGCAGGUGGUCCCCUAACACAAGUUGCACGCACGCCUCAGAGCCCCCACACACGCGCACACACACACACACAUAUAUACACACACACACUCUUACAGGUCACCUAGGCAGAUUACAAUGUUUCAUUCUCUCCAUCUAAGAAAAAAAGUUUAUCCUAAAUCCUCUUCUCAAUCUUUAGGAACAAUUAUGAUCAAUAUUUCCCUAAUGGGUCGAUUAAUUAAGUUGUCUUACCUGUGCGGGCUUCCAAAUCAGACAUUAAAUUAAAAAAGUCUAGACAAGACAGGCUAUGCAUUCGCACUUUAUGAGUUUCAUCCUUCAAUGAGAGAAAGGGUAGGGAUGAGCGUUUUGCUGUUAUGCAAUAAAGUUUCAAAUUUGUUUGCACUAAUGUAGAGUUUGCGCUAGGUUUGGCUGUAUUUUAUUUCAGAGACAGAAACUGUAGGCCAUGCAAAUGGCAAUCAUUUAGUCAUCCUCUGACCACUUAGCUGAAGAAUGUUUGACUACCUUCCUUAAAGAGAGCAAACUAGGGAUUUAAUGAGCUCUUUCAUACGCUGCCAAUAAAAAUUGGACUCCAAUAAAGGAAAAGCCUGAGACAGAUAAAACAUGUUUGUUACUGUUCCAACACUAAUAUGAACAAAAAGCUCAUUGAUAAGACAUAGCAUUUAGAAGUCAUCAAACAAACCAGGGCUUGAAUUAUUUCUAUGACAUCUACACAAAUAUGCUUUUAAACAAAUAUACUUUGUUUUGUGUUGACCCACUAUGAGAGCUAAGCACAGGAAACAACAGAGUUAGAAAUGGCUGGAGAAAUGACUUGCCCCGCCAGGUUUUGUGCGGACAGGCUUGGGGCCUUGGCUACGACCGUUUCCCCAGUUUCAUUUCCACCACCUCAAAAUGACAAUAUCCCUUUACACGGAUGCAGAUGGAAAGCUAUAGCAAAAACGACUCUGUUGUGGAAACUCCUCGGAGGGGAGUUUGUGAGCAACUUCCUCUCCUGUCCGCUGGACUUUGUGCACAAAUUAUUAUUUUUUUCCUCAAGAGGACUGUGACUAUCUCCGAGCUCAGAGGAUCCCCGAGGUGUGGAUGUCUUCCAAGCGCUGCCAGUUACAAGGAGAGGAAGUAUCCCCCACAACUCUGGAAAUUGCAGCGCACAAGCAAAACAUUGUGAGUGGUCAUCGCCACCACGAGCGGAAAGUCAAAAGCAACAACUGGACAGGACUCGGGACUUGAACAAGCGGGGACGAGAGCUGCUGCGGGACAUCAGUAAACAAACCCUCAAGGGUUGCGACUGGAAUUAUGGAAUUGGCAAAUGAGUAAGUGGUGGCCCAAAAUGAAUGCCUUAAUAAUACACAUAUACAGAUGUAUGAAGUGAUGAAACUAAGAGACUUAUAGUUCAAAGAUGUUUUCUUUACAUGU